CUUUAAAACAUAGUUAUGUCUUCUGUGUGUUGUAUAUAUUGUAUUAUGCAGCAUUAUACUUUUGUUUGUUACAAAUGUUAUGCUAAUCCUUUAGAACAGAAAAUAACAACUUUAAAAAUGGUAUUUUUAGAAAGUAUGCAAAAUUUGGCAAGGGUAGUACGUACUCCACUGGUGUCAGCAGUGGUCAAAAAGCAAUUUCCCAGAUGUUUUUCUCUUGCAGCAAUACAGAAUCAAACAAAGGAUGACAGCAGUUACAAAUAUGUUGCUUUAUUGCCUGAUGAAACAAGUCGUGAUAUGACCCACAUAAACAACAGAAAUGCAACAACUCUAUUUCUUACUGAACUAAUGAGAGGUUUAGCAAUGACACUCAGCUACUUUUUCCGUGAACCAGCAACAAUUAACUAUCCAUUUGAGAAAGGUCCCCUUAGUCCUCGAUUUCGUGGUGAACAUGCUCUUCGAAGGUAUCCAUCUGGAGAGGAAAGAUGCAUUGCUUGCAAAUUGUGCGAAGCUAUUUGUCCAGCACAGGCUAUAACAAUUGAAGCUGAGCCUCGUCCAGAUGGCAGCAGAAGAACUACAAGAUAUGACAUCGAUAUGACCAAAUGUAUCUAUUGCGGAUUUUGCCAAGAAGCUUGCCCUGUGGAUGCGAUUGUUGAGGGACCGAACUUUGAGUUCUCGACAGAAACCCAUCAAGAAUUACUUUACAACAAGGAAAAACUAUUGGAAAACGGCGAUAAAUGGGAAGCGGAAAUUGCUGGAAAUAUACAGGCUGAUUAUUUGUAUAGAUAACAUAGUGUAUGUUUAUGUAUAUAAUGUAUUAAAAAUUAAUCUUGA